AUGUUAGCUUCGGGCUCUGGUUGGGCGGCAGGGACGGGCCUGGGUUAUCGGAAAUUUGAGAUUUGGGGUGGGUUGUGGUCAGGUUCAUGCGGACUAUGGUUCAAUUUUAGCUCUGGCGGGUGGAAGGGAAUGGGUCUGGGUUAUCCGAAAAUGGGAGGAGGAACUGUGGUGUUAUUACAUAGAAAAAGAAAUUCCAUUCAAGCCCUGGUUGGGUGGCAGGGACGGGCUUGGGUUAUCGGACAUUUGGAGGAGAUUUUGAUUUGGGGGUGGCAAGGACGGAGGACGUUGGGAGGAGGUUUUGACGAAUUCCAUUUUCAGGCUCUGGCGGGUGGCAGGGAAUGGGCCUGGGUUAUCGGACAUUUGGAGGAGGUUUUGAUAUACGAAUUCGACUUCAAUCCGGCUCUGGCGGGUGGUAGGGACGGGCCUGGGUUUUUAUCAAACAUUGAUCGGGGGAGGGUUUUGGUAGGGAAUAACGAUUAA